CACUCCCUGUCACGGUGGCAGGGCUGCUGGCACAGGCCAUGGAGGCAGCGUCAGUCCAUCAGCACAUCCCUGAGGGUCUCUCCCUCUGCUGGGUGGGGAGCUAUGUCCUGGUGUGACACCUUCCUAGCCAGGCUGGGAGACUGUCCUGGUGCAGGUAGCCCAGUGGAGAGGCACUUGGCAGCUCCAUUUGCCUAGCAGGCGGGAUCUGGGAGAUGUGACUGCAGUUGGGGUGUGGAGGUGACUUUUUCUGAGCUGCAACAUCUGCUCCACAAGUACAAACCCUGGAUAUUUGCUCUUAAAAAAAAAUCCAUCUAGUCUGUGGGCAGACUGCCAAAAGAGAGGUGCUGUCCUGUGUUCCCUCUAGGCUGCAAGGCAGCCCAGCUUCACAGGCCUCUGCCCCUCUCCUACAUGGUGUUUGAUGGGCCUGCGCUGCAGCCCCCUCUCGUCUUCUUGCAUGGCCUGCUGGGCAGCAAAGGCAACUUCCGUGCCAUUGCCCGGGCCCUGGUGCAGCGGAGUGGCCGCAAGGUGCUGACAGUGGACGCGCGGAACCAUGGCGAGAGCCCACACAGCCCCGUCAUGAGCUACGAGGCCAUGAGUUUGGACGUGCAGCGCCUCCUGCGCCAGCUGCACCUCCCGAAGUGCGUCUUGGUCGGCCACAGCAUGGGUGGCAAAACUGCCAUGACACUGGCGCUGCAGCAGCCAGAUCUCGUGGAGCGCUUGGUGUCUGUCGACAUUAGUCCCACAGAGAGCGUGACUGUGACGGAUUUCCAGGCCUACAUCGCUGCCAUGAGGAGAGUGAGCAUCCCGGCCAGAAUCCCCCGCUCCACAGCACGCAGGCUAGCAGAGGAUCAGCUGAGUCCAGUUGUCCAGGUGUCAGCAGUAAGGCAGUUCCUGCUCACCAACCUGGUGGAGUCUGAGGGCCGGUACACGUGGCGGGUGAACCUUGAGGCCAUUUCCCACCAUCUGGCCAAGAUCAUGGGCUUUCCUGUGUUCCAUGCGCCUUACCCAGGACCCACUCUCUUCCUAGCUGGAUCUGACUCCCCCUACAUCAGCUCUGAGGACUACCCAGAGAUUGAGCGUCUCUUUCCUGAGGCAGAGAUCCAGUAUAUCCCAGGUGCUGGCCACUGGGUCCAUGCAGAUAAGUCCCAAGAGUUCAUCACUGCUAUCUGCAACUUCCUGCUAGUGCCAUAGAGCCGCUUCCUGUGCGGGCUGAGAGAGCAGGAUUCCCAGGACUGCCUGCUCCUGCACCACAUCGUGAAGGACAUGGGGGUGCCCCUGUCCAUGAGCCAGGCCUUUGGGACAGGAGGCUCGGCACCUGGCCCAUGCACUGUAAGACAGGCUAGAGCUGAGAGUGAAGCAGGGCCAGGAUCUCUCCCCACCCUAUGCAGCUGGAGAUGCUUGUCUUGGCAGGCUGGGGCAGAGGCUUCCCCAGGCCACUGUGCCCUUCUGCAUGCACCCCCCUGCAUGUUAGGGCAGUGUCUUAGGGCUGUUCCUGUUCCCAGCCCCCUUCCCCUCCCAGCCUGUCCCCAGCGGUUUCCAAGCACACACCGGCUCUUCACUGGGCCGUUUCUCAGGAUCUCUGAGCUCUAGGGUGGGAUCCCAGCGUGUGACUCCAGCCUUGCUGGAGGAUCCUACCCACCAGAGACUGGAACCAGAGCUCUGCCUGCUCUUGCACUGCCUGUCUACGUAACUCUGGGACUUUGUACAGUACGGAAAAUAAGGCCCACUCAACAUGAAGGCAUCUGACCCUGCAGACAAGACAAGGAGAGUGGAGCAGCAUCGCACCUUGCUGGAAGGAGACUCUUCUUUCCUCACAGCACGAGAACCAGGGAACGUCAAUGGCUUUAAAAGUCAAGAAACCCAGCUCAAAGGAAAUACCUUGUCACUCUCCCCACUCCCCCAGACUGGCACUCACUGCCACAGCACAUCACGAGGGCAUGUAUCUGCAAAACAGGAAGUUCCAGUCCCAUAAUGGCUAAUGGGAAGAGUUUUGGAAGGGAAAUAAAAUCCUUCUAUUUCAAGGCUUAA